UUCUAUUAAGUGAGUUUUGAAUUUCUACUUCAGAGACAAUAAGUAAAUAGUUUCUUAUCAAAAUAAGAAAAAGAGGGGGGGGCAAGUUGACCCUUAGUCAGUCAGUUGGUAAACUAGGUGUAACUGAAAUCUAGAAAAUGGCAUGUUUUAAACUUCAUCACUAAAAAUGACUAUUUGAUUCCGCUGCCAUUCUCAUUAUAUACAUAUGGACAUUCUUUAACUUGUAUUUUUUUUAGAUUGAUUACAGCAAAACAGCUUCGUCUAUCACAGGGGGAGAGGGAUAAAAGGUUUGAGAUGUGCGAGUGGCUGGUGACGCUCUCAGAUGAAGAACUCAUCAAUAUCCCUUUCACUGACGAAGCUAACUUUUACUUGGAUGGAGAGGUUAAUUCACGUAACUGUACACGGUACAUUGGAUCCAAAAAGAAAGGGGGUGAAAGCAGAGCUGGUCUUGAUGGAAACUUAAUCCACAUGAAGGAGAAACAUGCAGAGAAGUUGAUGGUGUUUGCCGGCACCUGUAAGGGAAGACUCUUUGGUUUAAAAUUUAUACACGGAAAUAUGAAUUCUCAGAUGUACCAAGAAUUGGUUAAGGAGGAGUGCAUUCCUCAGCUGAAGGCUGCAAACAACGGAUCAAUUGAAGAAACCAUAUUUUAUAAGUUUUAGAAAAUAAGGAGACAC